CGACUUUCUGCUUGAGACCGCACUCGUGAUCCGGCAGUCGUCCUCCUCGGCCCCUCGCUACUCGCCCCCGGAAGCCACUCGACGCCCUCGAACACUUGCGUUUGCAUAUCCUCUCGAUCCGCAGAAUGAAGGUCCUCGUCCUCCUGCUGGCGGUGGCGGCCGCUAGAGCAGCGCCCCAGGGCUACAGCUACGCGCCGCCGGAGCCCGCCCCCGCCUACAACUUCGGCUACACCGUGGACGCCGUGGACGCCUACCGCCAGCCCGUCCAGUUCGGCCACUCCGAGGGGCGCGACGGCGUGAGGACCAGCGGCAGCUACUACGUCCUCCUCCCCGACACGCGCCUCAUGAGGGUCUCCUACUACGUGGACGAGACGGGCUUCCACCCCACCUACACCUUCGAGGGCACGGCCGUGUACCCUCAGCCCCAGCCCUACUCCGGGGGCCAGGCCGCCCUCCCGACCCCGAGCCAGCUCUACGGCACGCCCGGCCGGAAGUAGGCGCCGGGAAGGGACGAGCACCCAGCGGUAGGACGUGGCUCCUUCGGCUCCUUCGAUCAAGGGGAGUCCUGUCUGAGCCAUCUCCUGUUUUUUUUCUUUUUUUUCUUGUUAUUCUUUUUUUUCUCUCUUUCACCCAGUUUUUGCACGAUAACUAUAAAGACAUGCGGCAAAAACGGUUGCUCGUAGAGAUAAUAGCUGGUAUUUCCAUUUUUCUUUUUUCUUUUGUUGUUUGUUGAUAGAGUUAUGUGGCACUGGAUAUCACCAAGGACGAGGUACCGAGUGCCACGUGUCAAGUGCCAUAGCUGUUCAUUCUCGUUGUUAGAUUUUGCUUGUUGUUCGCCUGACAUUGUUUCUGUUAAACUAGUCACUCAUAACCCAUGUUUAUUUUCUUACAUUUUUGUUACCGUUUUGUUUACCGUAUCAUAUGAUACUCCAUAUUUCAAAGUUUAUGCUAUUUUUCUAUGCUAAUAAAUACAGUAUACGUUA